CUUUUCUGGCUCUCCUUUUAACCUCGGGCAUUCAGUAUGAGCUUCCCUCAGGUAUCUCGUGACUGCUUCAUCCCUCUCUGAGGGCCGACUAUGCAUAUGUGCUACCCCACCCUUCUCGGUCUGCCAGUUGAGCUACUGGAAGCGAUUGCCUGGCAUAUCCUAGGCGACAACCCCUCUUAUGUGAUGCGAACUCCUGCCCGGAACUCCGAUCAGCAUGAACGGAACUACGCAAGUUGUUUCUCUUCCACAAGACGCGACCUUAGCGCGUACACGAAGACCUGUCGUGCUGUGCGGGCCGCGUCCGAGAAGGUGUUGUAUCGCUCGAUAGAAGUUGCCAUGCGCAGAUAUUGUUGGUCCUCUCCCCCACCUCCGCCACCAGUGCACGCCCGCCUUCUGAUCUAUCGCCCUGCAUCCCGAUUCCCCGAAGACGGGAAGCCUGAGUUUACCGGUAAUACCCCUCUGGGCGGAGAUCUUCACCUACUUCUUAGGACGCUUCGCCAGCGUCCCGAUCUCGCCUCCGCAGUUCGAUUGGCAGGGAUUCAGGUUCCUCAAUACUCUCGGCCCCAGGAUCUUAUCCACACCGACAUAUUCGCCGGUACAAUCCAGCUUCUUUCACUAUGUGAAAAUCUGGUGGUUCUUUACGUACCUUACGUCCCACCGACCUCGAUCACCUCAUUCGGGAUUGCCCGGAGUCUGUCACGCGCUCCUCUUAUCGAAGAAGAAUGGGCACCUUGCAUCACAAAAGACUUCAUACCUAUGGACUGGGUGCGCAACCACCUAUCCCAGCUCCGAUUCACCUUACACGGCCCAAGCCGAGCAGUAUUUCGGGCCACGAAAAAGGUACGAUUGCAUGGGAGCGAUUGGACACGCGGACCGGUCCGGUUUUUAUUCCAAGCGAUUGCAGAAUGCGGUGACUUUGCCGAGGAGCUGCAUCUUUCUAACGUCGGUCGCAUCGUUGAAGCGCCUGAAGCAUGGCUGGCCAUUGCUCCUCAGCUCCCUGGAGGCAGUCAGUUACGGAAGAUUAUCUUUGAAGAGGCAGAGCUACUCUCACUACCACCCUCCACGGGUAGCUGGCUGUUACGGAAGCUACCUCAGCUCGAAGUUAUUGAAUGCCGGCAGAACAAACUCCUGCAGCCAUUUUCAUUCCAAUUGCUGCCUCCGGCUACCCGUCGAUUGACGUUCAUCAACGACCUCCCACAUGAUCGGUUUGCAUCACCUAUCUGCACGGCUCUCCUCGAUGCCGUCGGACUCCGAAUACCACAGAUCAUGCGGAUCGAGAUCACAUCGCAGCUAACGGAGACUUCCUAUGUCCGAUUGGCAGAAAGGUGUACAGAAGUCGGUAUCAUAUUCGACGCGACACACAUCGAACCGACUGGACCGCCUUUCUCGGAACGAUUCGAUAUCUACCUAUCGCCUGUCAACUCCACGCCCAAUAUCGCCCUCGGCUUCCCAAUGGUCCCAGCACCUGUCCCUACGGUGUAUCUCCGAAAGAGAUAUGGAUUGUUAUAA